GCAUCUUGUCCUUUCCUUUCUCACCCCUCUUACAAUCUCUCUUAGUGAACAGAGACAAACACCUCUUUUUAAAGCUUCAAAAGAAGAAAAAAAAUCAGAUAAAAUUAUCAUAACAAAUUAGCCAAAUGGCACCACCUCAUUUCUCAGCUUCUUCAAAACUCACCAUUUUUUUCAUCACACUUUUCUUUUCUUUUUCAUCCCUUGGAUUUGCAGCUAAGCUUCAUCCACCUGAAGUGAGAGCACUGAAGGAUAUAGCAAAGAAAUUAGGGAAAAAUGACUGGGAUUUUGGGAAAGAUCCAUGCAGUGGAGAAGGAAAUUGGAGUGUUUUUGAAGAAAUAAAAGGAUUUGAAAGUAUUGUAAGUUGCAAUUGCAGCUUUAAUAGUAAUUCCACUUGCCAUAUUGUCAGCAUCGAAUUAAAGGCUCAGAAUCUAUCAGGAAUUGUCCCACCAGAAUUUUCCAAGCUUCGCCAUCUCGAACUACUGGACCUAAGUCGAAACUGUCUCACUGGUCCUAUACCUUCCCAAUGGGCUACCAUGCGCCUUGUCGAUCUUUCUUUUAUGGGGAAUCGAUUGUCCGGUCCAUUUCCGAAAGUUCUCACCAACAUCACCACUCUUAAGAAUAUAAGCAUCGAGGGAAAUAAAUUUUCAGGUCCGAUUCCUCCAGAAAUUGGGAAAUUGAUCAAUUUACAGAAAAUAAUUCUCUCAUCAAAUGCGUUCACGGGAAAGCUACCCACACAAUUUGCAAAGUUGAUCAACUUGACUGAUAUGAGGGUAAGCGAUACUAAUAUCUCAGGGAAGAUUCCUGAUUUCAUCGGUAAAUGGAUUAACAUACAGAAACUGCAUAUACAGGGUAGCUUACUUGAAGGACCUAUACCUUCUAGCAUUUCCGCCUUGACAAGCCUAAGUGAUCUGCGGAUUAGUGACCUAAAAGGCAAAGGUUCAACUUUCCCACAUUUAGAAAAUCUGAAAUCCAUCAAGACAUUGGUACUCAGAAAUUGCUUGCUAUCUGGAAAAAUCCCAGAAUACAUAGGGAGCAUGAAAAAACUGAAAAAUCUAGAUCUCAGCUUCAAUAACCUGACUGGAGAAAUUCCUUCAUCAUUUUCGGAGAUGGGGAAGGUAGAUUUCAUUUACUUGACAGGAAACAAGCUUACAGGAACUGUACCGGACUGGGUUGUUGAAAGAAACAAGAACGUGGAUAUUUCUGAUAACAACUUCACUUGGGAUGACUCGGGUCAACGCGAAUGUCCUCGAGCGAGCGUAAACUUGGUGGAGAGCUACUCUUCAUCUACUAACAAACUAAGUAAAGUCCCUUCAUGCCUGAAACAGAACUUCCCAUGUUCAAGUAAAAAACAUCAUUACUCCUUGCAUAUUAAUUGUGGAGGUAACGAUAUAGUCGGUGGCGGUAACACCACUUACGAAGCUGAUUUAGAACCAAGAGGAGCUUCUAUGUAUUACCCAAGUCAGAAAUGGGCAUUUAGCAGCACCGGGAACUUCAUGGACAAUGACAUUGAUGCUGAUCAUUAUACUCUGACCAAUACUUCUGCUAUAUCUAAUGUUUCUGCUCUUGAUGCAAACCUAUACACCACAGCCCGUGUUUCUCCUCUCUCUCUAACUUACUAUGGACUUUGCCUUGUGAAUGGAAAUUAUACUGUAAAGCUCCAUUUUGCAGAAAUUGUUUUCACAAAUGACAAUACAUUUAGUAGUCUAGGGAAGCGCAUAUUCGAUGUUUACAUCCAGGAAAAGUUGGUUCUGAAAGAUUUUAACAUUGCAGAAGCGGCUGGUGGCACUGGAAGGCCAAUUGUAAAGAAAUUUACUGUGGCAGUGACAAGCCACACAUUAAAGAUUCACUUUUACUGGGCUGGAAGAGGAACAACAGGAAUUCCAGUUCGAGGAACUUAUGGACCUCUAAUAUCAGCUAUAUCAGUGAAUCCGAACUUCAAACCACCUUCAGAAAAUGAUAAAAAGAAUGUUAUCAUUGCGGCCUCUACUGUGUCUGCCGCAGUAAUUCUUGUCCUCCUGAUCCUGGGAAUCAUGUGGAUGAAAGGCUGCCUUGGAAACAAAGUAUCCGUAGAUAAAGAGCUAAGAGGUCUAGAUCUGCAGACAGGAAUAUUUGCAUUAAGACAGAUAAAAGCUGCGACUAAGAAUUUUGACCCAGAAAACAAACUUGGAGAGGGUGGUUUUGGUUCUGUAUAUAAGGGUUUACUAUCUGAUGGAACUGUAAUCGCGGUUAAGCAGCUCUCCUCAAAGUCUAAGCAAGGAAAUCGUGAAUUCGUGAAUGAGAUUGGAAUGAUUUCUGCUCUGCAACAUCCAAAUCUUGUAAAGCUAUAUGGGUGCUGUGUUGAAGGAAACCAGUUAUUACUCGUCUAUGAGUACAUGGAACACAACUGCCUCUCCCGUGCCCUUUUUGGGAAGAAUCCAGAAAGCAGGUUGAAACUGGACUGGCCAACCAGGAAGAAAAUCUGUCUAGGGGUAGCUAGAGGUUUGGCAUUCCUCCAUGAAGAGUCAGCAAUUAAAAUUGUGCAUAGGGAUAUCAAGGCAAGCAAUGUGCUACUAGAUAAGGAUUUGAAUGCUAAAAUUUCGGAUUUUGGCUUGGCUAAGCUAAAUGAGGAUGAUAAUACCCACAUCAGCACCCGGAUCGCAGGAACCAUUGGUUAUAUGGCUCCAGAGUAUGCGAUGCGUGGCUAUUUGACUAACAAAGCAGAUGUUUAUAGUUUCGGAGUUGUUGCAUUGGAAAUUGUCAGCGGAAAGAGCAACACGAAUUACAGGCCGAUGGAGGAAUUUGUUUACCUUCUUGACUGGGCUUAUGUUCUGCAAGAAAGAGGAAGUCUGCUAGAGUUGGUUGAUCCAGAGUUAGGGUCAGCCUAUUCGUCAGAGGAGGCAAUGGUGAUGCUAAAUGUAGCAUUAUUAUGCACCAAUGCAUCUCCGACACUCCGGCCUACAAUGUCUCAAGUUGUCAGCAUGCUCGAUGGCCGAACCGCUGUUCAGGACCUUCUUUCUGAUCCUGGAUUUUCAGCCAUCAACUCAAAGUACAAGGCUAUAAGAAAUCACUUCUGGCAGAACCCUAGUCAGACCAAUAGUCUGUCCACAAAUGGUCCAUAUACCGAUUCCUCGAGCUCUUAUGUAGAUAUCGAAGAAGCUGAUCGUAUUCUAAGAGUUAGUUUAGCAGAAUCUAAGUCACAUGUACAAGCAGAAGAAAGUAUUAAUCUUCUUAGAGUUAAUUGACCAGCAAGCUACUGUCAAAAAAUGUAUAGUUGUCGAAAAAGUUUUUACCUUUAUUGCAGUAAGUGAAGUUUACAUAUGUUAUAGGUCACUGACUUUGUAUACAUGUAAGUUUACCAUGCAAUUAAUAGUAUCAUUGCUCAAUAGUUUAUUAA